UCUUUUAUUUAAUGCAAUACAGUGCGAUGGAUGAAUUUCACCCAUUCAUCGAGGCACUUCUUCCACAUGUCCGUGCAAUUGCCUAUACUUGGUUCAACCUGCAGGCUCGAAAACGCAAGUACUUUAAAAAGCAUGAGAAGCGAAUGUCAAAGGAUGAAGAAAGAGCAGUCAAAGAUGAGCUUCUCAGUGAAAAGCCUGAAAUCAAACAGAAGUGGGCAUCCAGGCUCCUGGCCAAACUGCGCAAAGAUAUCCGCCAGGAGUACCGAGAGGACUUUGUGCUUACCGUGACUGGCAAGAAGCACCCGUGCUGUGUCUUAUCCAAUCCCGACCAGAAGGGUAAGAUUAGGAGAAUCGACUGCCUGCGACAGGCAGACAAAGUCUGGCGUCUGGAUCUAGUCAUGGUGAUCCUGUUCAAAGGCAUCCCCUUGGAAAGUACCGAUGGAGAGCGGCUCAUGAAAUCCCCACAUUGCACAAACCCAGCACUUUGUGUCCAGCCACAUCAUAUCACAGUAUCAGUUAAGGAGCUUGAUUUGUUUUUGGCAUACUACGUGCAGGAGCAAGAUUCUGGACAAUCAGGAAGUCCAAGCCACAAUGAUCCUGCCAAGAAUCCUCCAGGAUACCUUGAGGAUAGUUUUGUAAAAUCUGGAGUCUUCAAUGUAUCAGAACUUGUGAGGGUAUCCAGAACGCCCAUAACCCAGGGAACUGGAGUCAACUUCCCAAUUGGAGAAAUCCCGAGCCAACCAUACUAUCAUGACAUGAACUCGGGGGUCAAUCUUCAGAGGUCGCUGUCUUCUCCACCAAGCAGCAAAAGACCCAAAACUAUAUCCAUAGAUGAAAAUAUGGAACCAAGUCCUACAGGAGACUUUUACCCCUCUCCGAAUUCACCAGCUGCUGGAAGUCGAACAUGGCAUGAAAGAGAUCAAGAUAUGUCUUCUCCGACUACUAUGAAGAAGCCUGAGAAGCCAUUGUUCAGCUCUACAUCUCCACAGGAUUCUUCCCCAAGAUUGAGCACUUUCCCCCAGCACCAUCAUCCCGGAAUACCUGGAGUUGCACACAGUGUCAUCUCAACUCGAACUCCACCUCCACCCUCACCGUUGCCAUUUCCAACACAAGCUAUCCUUCCUCCAGCCCCAUCGAGCUACUUUUCUCAUCCAACAAUCAGAUAUCCUCCUCACCUGAAUCCUCAGGAUACUCUGAAGAACUAUGUACCUUCUUAUGACCCAUCCAGUCCACAAACCAGCCAGCCUAACAGCAGUGGUCAAGUAGUAGGGAAAGUGCCUGGCCAUUUCACUCCUGUCUUGGCACCCUCUCCCCAUCCCAGUGCAGUGCGACCUGUGACCUUGACCAUGACAGAUACUAAACCCAUCACUACAUCCACUGAAGGUGAGGCAGCUUCACCUACAGCAACCACCUACACAGCCUCAGGCACAUCUCAAGCCAAUCGAUAUGUGGGACUAAGCCCAAGAGACCCAUCCUUCCUACAUCAGCAACAGCUGAGGAUUUGUGACUGGACCAUGAAUCAAAACGGCAGGCAUUUAUACCCCAGUACCAGUGAGGAUACAUUGGGAAUUACUUGGCAAAGUCCUGGUACCUGGGCUAGCUUGGUUCCUUUCCAAGUGUCAAAUAGGACACCCAUCCUACCGGCAAAUGUCCAAAAUUACGGUUUGAACAUAAUUGGAGAACCUUUCCUUCAAGCAGAAACGAGCAACUGAGGGAAAAUGAAAUACAAUAGUUUAAGAAAUUAAAAAAAAAAAAAGGAAAAGAGGAAGACUGGACAAAACAAAACACAACAAAGGGAGAAAGGAAAGAAACUGAAGAAAGAAGAUAAUAGACCAGCAAUUGCAGCACUUACAAUCACUAGUUCCCUUAAGGUUGAAACUGUAAUGACAUAAAAAGGGUCGAUGAUAUUUCACUGAUGUUAGAUCACAGCCCCUGCAACGUAGCCUUUGUUACAUGAAGUCCGCUGGGAAAUAGAUGUUCUGUCUCUAUGACAAUAUAUUUUAACUGACUUUCUAGAUGCCUUAAUAUUUGCAUGAUAAGCUAGUUUUAUUGGUUUAGUAUUCUUGUUGUUUACGCAUGGAAUCACUAUUCCUGGUUAUCUCACCAACGAAGGCUAGGAGACAGCGUCAGAGGUGCUGGGUGACAGCCAUGAGCCAGCCAUUUUAUAAGCACUCUGAUUUCUAAAAGUUAAAAAAUAUAUAAAAUCUCUGUAGCCUUUAGUUAUCAGUACAGAUUUAUUAAAUUUUGGCCCUUAACCCAGCCUUUUCCAGUGUGUAACCCAGUUUGAAAUCUUUUAAAAAAAAAAGAAAAGAAAAAUGAAAAAAAAAAAAAAAGAAAAAAAGAAAAAAGGAAAAAAAAAACAGUUUGAACACAAAGGCUCUAUGGAGGAGAUGCCUCUAUGUAGGUGAAGUGUUAUCUCUGCAUGCAACAGUAAAAAUUAAUAUAAUAUUUUCCCCACAAAAGAAACACUUAACAGAGGCAAGUGCAAUUUAUAAAUUUAUAUCUAAAGGGGAAUCAUGAUUAUAAGUCCUUCAGCCCUUGGACUCUAAAUUGAGGGGAUUAAAAAGAAUUUAAAAUAAUUUUGAACGAAUUUAUUUUCCCCUCCGUUUUUGAGGGCAUUAAAAAGGCAUUAAAUCAAGACAAAUCAUGUGCUUGAGAAAAAUAAAAUUAAUGAAAAUACAGCACUUAUGUUGGUUUAGCUGCAGCCUCCUUGGAGGUAGAAUUUAUUUAUUUAAAAUUACUGGUUGCAUCAAGAACCCAUAGGGUGUACAAAAGGUUCUAUAAAAUCUGCAUUAUAGAGACAAAGAGGCAGGCAAAUCCAUGUCACAAGGGUAAAGCUUACAGUUUACAAACUGGGAACGCCAGGGUGUAGGAUAUAAAAAUGCACUCUUGAGAAAACAAAUGUAAUCAGGGUGCUGAAAACUUGCAUGGUGCUUUCAGACAUUAGCCUUGUUCAACAAAUUUCUUGUAUUGACAGAUCCGUAGUGUGCAUGGGCAGACACAUUUUGCCUCUAUGUCUCUUAAAAUUUUAAUUAAAAAUACUCUUUCCAGUAAUCCUAAUUUGCACGAAGAUAUAAUGUCCACAUUACGUGCCUUGCCUUGAAAUCUAAAAAACAAAAAACAUAAAAAAAACAAAAAAACAAAAAAGUGACAUCACUACACUUGUUUUGCUGCAUUUAUUAUCAUUUUAAAUCUUUACCAUUUUUAUGACAAAAUAUUUUGUACUCCAGACGAAGAAAAAUGUGUGACAUCAUGGAUUUUUUAGACAGUUAUACCUUUAUCUCACAUUUAUAAAGCAUAUCAUGGCUGUGUAUAGUUGCCGCUUAAAAAUUGUAAUCGACCAGCAAUAUUUUCAGUAUUUUGGUGUUUUUUCUAUUAACCUUUCAUGUUUUUCAUCUUCCAAUUAAUAUUUGGGGGGGAGGGGUUUCAAAUUUAUACGAAUUAUGCAAUACCAAGUUUUGCCUAUGUAGGUAGUGCUUUUAGCUGUAUUGGUUAUUAUAGGUAAGUACACAGAUUUAAAAAAAUAAUGUAUGCUUUUUUUUUGUUUGUUUGUUUUAAUUGACCAAAGUGGGUACUGCUAUUUUUGCAGUGUGAUGAGGUCCUUUUGUGUACUGAGAGAUGGACAGGGGAUUUUUUUUUAAUAUACAUAUAUAUAUAUAUAUAUUCUGGGGUGGGUGGGAGGAUUUUUUAACACUUUACAGUGUAGCUGUGAAGCAGUGCACCCUGAGAUGGGCCUGGGCUGCAAAGCGACUGUUCUGCCUACUGUGACAAACUUCAACUCUUACACAGGUUCCCCCUCUCUAACUUCCCACCUGGGGUGCAAGCUGAACUCAUUUCUCGUUUUCAUAACAACACAAUAGUAAGAACAAGCAAACACGACAAAUUCUCCUGGAGGCAGACUUGGCUUAAAAAGGCAGACUUGGCUUGGUGGUAGUUUUUUCUUGAACGUUCCAGAUCCACAGUGGAGAGUGAGCCUGUCUCAUAUUUGGCAAAGAUAUUAGUUGAAAUGUCCACAUAGUGGAUGUUGGAUGUUAAACACUAUUGGGGUUUAAACAUGAAUGUACUUUCUCCUACAAAACACAUGAGACCAGGUGGAGAGAGUGCUCCCACAUCUGUCCCUGCCACUUCUCUUCCCCAUCCUCUCAUUUCAUGAAUGACAGGAUCUGAUUUACCUGUGACUUACUACGUCAAAUGGAUGGCGGUGCACUUGGAUUUUUUUUUGAAGUAUCCUGAAGAUUGAACGAAGGUUGCUAUUAUUGAAUGUAUUUGGACUGAUAGAUUAAAAUCAAAGUUCAAUUUUUAAGGAACAAAAAAAAUAAAUAAACCUUGUUAGGUUUUCUUUUUACCUGCCCUUUUAAACUGAGAACCAGAGCAGGAGGGAAAUAUAGAAUUUUAAGAAAUUAAUUUUCCUGUGGAUGAAUUAAGCCCAUUAGAUGCUGAUGGGAUAUUUUUAAGGGAUGGUACCUCAAAUAUAGAUUUGAUUUAGUUUCCCUGGAGGGCUAGAGGGUGAAUGGAGGGUGGUUUCAUUUUGCCCUCCUCUCCUCCCCUCCCCCCGCCCUGACCUCCCUCCCUAUCCAGUCCCAUUGAGUGAAUUCAUUACUAGAAGGAAAAUUUUUCAGAAGUAGUGACAUGAGAUAGGCUGUUUUAAGGAGCCCCCGACCCCCUUCCCCCAAGUCAUAGUCUAAUAAAAUAAACUGUCAAUUGUUCUCACAGCAUAUCGUUUAAUAAUGAAUACUUUAGAACAAUGCUUAUGGGCUAGAGAAUUGAAUUUGAUUAGCCCAUUCAGUUUGAUAGCCCAAACGCUGAAUAGCACAGCGGGAUCCUAGCAGCGCAAGUUCAGAAGUAAGUCCAAUCAUUUCCAUGAUACUUGCCCUGGUAAAAAACAGAUCAUCUCAGCCAAGGUCUUCAUGUAUCUUUGAUCUAGUAGGUGAACAAAUUAACCUCACAGGACACACAGUAUUCUUUAAGGGCAGACUCGCUCUCCUUUUUGCAAGUGAAUGGGCAGUUCUAGCUAAAUGUUACACAUUGUGGGUAUUCCUGCCUGCCUCUUGAAUACAAAGGCCUAGUUCAAGUGUUGCUUUUUUUUUUUUUUAAUUCCUUUUUUUCUUCUCUCCUCUUGAGAUAAACAGUGAAAAAUACUACUAUAUAUAAAAUCUCAAAUUCCUUUUUCGGCCUCAGCUAUUUUACCAGGAAGUAUAUUCGGACGAAGGGCCCCACUUUUGCAAGUCUUGCACGCCCCUCCCUUACUCAGAACUGCGGAGCUUCAGGAUGGCACAGGUCGCCCCAGGGCAUCAGCAGGGGGCAGUGUGUCCAGCCACCAGUUCCGUGGCACUGUUCAGCUUUUGCUGUUGCUUUGCAGCCCACCACUCCCAGUGCCUCUGAAGCGUGUUUCCCCUGGAGUGACAUGAGCGUUUGAGGCUUGUCUAAGGAAAUAAAAAAAAAUAAAAGGCAGUGAAGGAGACUGUACAUAAAGACAUGGCAAAAAUAGCAAUAUAGUUAUCGGGUAACGUUUGGGUGGGCAGCUCCAUUAAAAAAUAUGUGAAUGAAUCUGUGAAGCUGCAGGUAGCAAGAAGAGCGAAAGGUCUUCUUAACGAACCGCCUACCUUGUAGACAGUAAUUUGUACACUGUAUAGUUUUGUUAAGAAUUUUUUUUUAAAUUAAAAUUCCCAUGUUUGUAAAGCUAACUUUUUAACAAUUAUAAUGGAACUAUAUGUUGUUUCCAUUUUUAAAGUAAACAAGAAUAUUCCUUGUUUAGAGACUGGACUUGAGUUAAAACUCUCCAGUCUCUUAAGUUAUGUAUUAAAAAAAAAAU